GGAAAAGAACCACACAAAACUCAUUCGAAUCUUCUCGACGGGUCAUACCCGUUUUCCAUCGCGACCCGAACCCAGAGUUCGAGAGAGCUUUCCAGUUUCCAUUGAAUAAACAGUAAAGAAACACUUUUAUUGUUUUCCUAUAAGGUUUUCCGUUCACGGCGGCUAACCAAUCUUCCAAUGCUCCGUUCCAACGGUAUCCGCCGGCUAGCUUCCCGCUACCUCUCCGCUCAGCUCCGGCCAAAUUAUGUUAGUAGGAAUUAUAGUAAGGAAAAGUGCUACCUCCCUGACAUCCUUGUUAAUCCGGUUUCUGUAAAUGCAGAUAGGACUGCGAAAGAGUGGUACAGAAUACUUGGUGUAAAAUGUAAUGCAAGUGCAUACCUUACCAGGGAAACUUCUUUUGCAAGGCAUCAACAAUUUUGCUCUGAAGCAGGGAGCAACAACUCAGAAGAAGAGCAAAAAAUUUCGGUAACAUUUGUAGACAAGGAUGGAGAAGAGCAUCAUAUAAAAGUUCCUCUUGGAAUGUCUAUGUUAGAAGCUGCUCAUCAAAAUGACAUCGACCUUGAAGGAGCUUGUGAAGGGUCACUCGCCUGCUCUACUUGUCAUGUAAUCGUGAUGGACGUGGACUACUACAAUAAACUAGAAGACCCAAGCGACGAAGAGAAUGACAUGUUGGAUCUUGCUUUCGGCCUCACAGAAACUUCACGCCUGGGUUGUCAAAUAGUCGCAAAACCUGAACUCGAUGGAAUUCGGUUAGCCCUUCCUGCAGCCACCAGGAAUUUUGCCGUUGAUGGAUAUAAGCCAAAACCACAUUAAACUCAUCUGUCAAAGGGCCUUUUUGCUUUGAGUUGAUCGCCAUGGCUGCUUCAAACUCCCUUCUCGUCUUCUGUUUCUUCAACUUCCUCAUGGCCAUCCUCAUCGCCAUGCCUCCUGCUAAAACCACUUCUUCUGCAUGCACUCAUGG